GAAAAAAAGUGUGAAUACUUUUAAUGCGACAGUUAGCGUCUUUGUAGGUCUGCCUAUGUAUUCAUUACCAAACGUCAUUUCUUUUGCAAAUUUAAUGUCAAAGGUUGCGAGAGAGUUGAAUAGGAAAAUGUCAAAGGUAACGAGCCUCUCUAUAGUCGCCUUCCUCCUUCUGCAGGGGAUGUUUCAGGCCGUUUCCCGGCCGGUCCCGGCGUUUACGGACGUAACUCCGGUGGAAUCUAAUCGGGUGGAUAAGAUGGAUAUAAACAGAGGGAUGGAAGGGAAUAGCUGUGGUGGGGAGGAAGAAGAAGAUUGUCUGAUGAGGAGAACUUUGGAAGCUCACCUUGAUUAUAUCUACACACAGAAAGGGAAACAUAGAUGAUCAAGAUUCAGGUGUUAUUGGCUAGCUUAUUAGCUAGUAUGAGUGUUUUUGUUGUAUGUUGAAUUUCAUUUUGGUUAGAUAAAAGUGCUCAAAACUGUCCAACCAAAUUUCAAAUUUCAAGUAAGUCUACAAACUUUGAAGGACAAAAUUCAAUAUUAAGGAUGGAGCAUAGUUUGAUGAGAAAAUUACUUAAAUAAAAGUAAAUGAUA